CAGGGCCAGGCUAAGAAUUUUCCAAAAAUUAAAGAGGCUUCUUGGAAAUUAACAGCAGGAGGAGGAAGUAAACAGCAAAGUGUUAUCUGACAAUCCCCACAAAUACAACUUUUUAUUGGACCUUGGUUGAGUUUAUUCUCCACGCUUUGUAACAGAGUCCUGAAUCCUGAGAUGUUGGUAUCGGUGUCAGGACUCUGGUCAGAGAGGAAACUGCUGGUACGAAGACUCCUGAUUAUAUCAGUUUAAGGAUUAGAAUUGAGAUUCUAUCGCCCAAGUUCUGUAAAUAUCGCGUUAUUGGGGCAGAUAUACCUAAGAAAUUGAUAUCUGGAGCUCAUUCAACAAUUUAAUUGCAUCCCUUUUGACUCUCCCCUCGGAGAUUGCAGGCGCAAGUCACAAGGUCUUCUUUUCAUUCCACCCUUCUCUUCAUUACCAGAUGAUAUAUGUUGGUGGAGUUCCCUUUCAAAGUGAUGGGCCAUCUUCCUCCGAGGGAAGCAAAAUCCUACUUGCUUUGAUGGAGCAUCCUACUUUGGUAUCUGCCUCAUGUUCAUUUAAGUCUACGCCAGAGAGAAAAUUUUCAGCCUCUGAAGACUCUGGUUUGGAGCGAGUGACAGGAUGUAAAUGGGUCUAUGUUUUCCAAAGAGAGUAUGCAACAGUUGAUCCUGCUCUUGUGGAUCUAGUCGGCACUGAUGAGGCUACAACCUGCGUGGGCCUGGCAAUUCGGAACCAUAAAAGUGGAAUGACUUCGGUUGGCCAUUUGGAUUCACCAGAUGUGGUUGAAAUUGGUCUUACUCAGAUGUUAUCUUUAGUUGUAGACCAAAAUUCUGAUGAGAUGUUGGAGGUGCAUCUAGUUGGUGGUUUUAAUGAUUCCUCUCCACAGGAUACGGAUAGUGUCAUAAGCAAUCAUACAGACCACAGUGGCUUUUCCUUUCCUUUGUGCGCCAAGAUAGUUGAGACCCUGGAGAAGAGUGAUAGGGUGUUUCACCUUCAAACUCUCCAUGUUCUUGAGAAUAAUACCAGGCAAGAUUCUGAAGGAAAUGCAUACCCAAUCUUUAAUGGCUUCAUGGUUGAACCUUCAACCGGGUCAAUCUUUCCUGCCAAUUUUGACAGAACUUCUAGAUGUCCAGAUGAAGUUGUAAGGAGGAUCCAUCUGAGUUCAUCUUACAAAGACCCAAGUUGGAAUGGCAGGUUGCUGGAGACCUAUGACACUCCAACUGAUCGAUUCGUUAUUGGUCCAUGUGCGUGGACUAUACGCCAAUUACAGAUUGCUAGGAGGCUGCAAAACCUAUCGGAUGCAGAAAUCCUUCGCACCUGUUCCACUUCACCUUCUGUCGAGGCUCCUGACUUUGUUGAAAAUCAAAGAAGACAAUGGGACUAUCUCAAAAAACACCCAGAUCGGAAAGAGACGUUCCCAAUGAAGCAGCCGCGAAUUUUUGAGAGAACUCCUUCUGGAAGAUGGAAGAGAUCACCAGUUGCGCGUGCAGAUGCUGAAUCUAAACUGUGUACCACAGAGUAACAUGAAAAUGACUAUGACUUGGUUCAUAUUAUCCUCUUGGAUCAUAUGGCAAGUGUACCAUUUCUUAGCUUGGAUCAGGAUACACUCAACCCAUAAGAAAGAGACUGUUAAACAUGAGCUUCACAGUUUUUCUUCAUUUGAUAAUGGAAAUUAUGAUAUAUUACAAUGCACGAAGCUUAUGGUACAAAGUUUUGACCAAGUAAUUGUGAAGAAUAGGCGUCUACCAUGUUGGUUUUGGCAAGCUUGAGGAGGAUAUUUUCUGUUCCUGUCAUGCGACCACGGGAAUAGGAGAGAUCAGUGUUUCCUAAAUAAGCCCAUUUCAGCGUCUCUGUAUAGAAUAUAGAUGCUUUCCAUUUUUUGAAACAUAGUUUUG